AUGGCUGCAAACUGCACACCCUCAUGGGGUCAGGGACAAGCCUGCAACAGUCCUGGGUCAGAGCUGCCACGGUCUGUGGCAUCCUCAGAAACUCCACUUGGAAAUCAUGACCGGGACCCUGAGACUUGUCACAUGAACUUCAGGAUGUUCAGCUGCCCGGAGCAGUCGGACCCCAUCCAGGCUCUGAGGAAACUCACUGAGCUGUGCCAUCUGUGGCUGAGGCCCGACCUCCACACCAAAGAGCAGAUCCUGGACAUGCUGGUGAUGGAGCAGUUCCUGAUCUCCAUGCCCCAGGAGCUCCAGAUCUUAGUCAUGAUGAACGGUGUGCGGAGCUGCAGAGAGCUGGAGGACCUGCUACGGAACAACAGAAGACCCAAGAAAUGGUCUGUGGUUAACUUGCUUGGCAAGGAAUAUCUUAUGCUGGACUCAGAGGCUGAGAUGGCUGAAGCCCCCGCCAGUGUCAGGGAUGAUCUGAGAGACGUGUCCAGCCAGUGGGCCUCCUCUGUGAACGACAUGCAACAGGGGGAAGGCCAGGCCAGCUGGGAGCUGCAGACCCUGCCCAGGGUCCCCACACUGUUCAGCGGGCAGGGAGAGGGCUUCCUGAUACAAAAGACUGUUGUCAUGAAAGGUGACCCAAAGGUUUGGAGACCCAAGCAGAACCUGGAGAAGGAUCUGAAGGAAAACAGCAAAGAGAACCCAGGACUCACAUCCCCAGAGCCGCAGCUUCCACAGGGUCCCACAGAUCUGGUGAGGGCAAAGGAUGGGAAGGAACCCCAAAAAAGAGCCUCUGUGGAGAAUGUGGAUGCUGACACAGCUUCUGCCUGCACAGUGGAGACAGAAGCUUUGGCUCACAGCGAGGACAGAGGAGACUCUCUGAAUCCGAGAGGUCCCAAAAGAAGCAAACCAGACGCCACUUCCAUUUCCCAAGAAGAGCCUCAAGGAGGAGCCACACCUGUGGGCAACAGAGACUCCUCAGGACCAGCUGGGAUGAAUCCAGUUCAUUCCCCAGGCCCUGCGGAUGCAGGCAGUCACCCCGAUGGCCAAGAAGCCGUGGCACUGCUGCCCUUUGCAUGUGAUGUGUGCAGUAAGAGGUUUAAGUAUUAUGGCAAGCUAGUCAUCCACAAGAGAUCACACACAGGAGAGAGACGCUUUCAGUGUAAUCUCUGUGGCAAGCGCUUCAUGCAGCUCUCAGACCUCCGGGUUCAUCAGCGCACCCACACUGGAGAGAAGCCCUACAUGUGUGAUGUCUGCCAGAAGCGGUUCACCAGGACAUUCUCCUUGAAAUGUCACAAGAGGAGCCACACAGGGGAGAAGCCCUACAAAUGUAACAUCUGCAAGAGAGUUUUCACCUACAGGAAAAACGUGAAACAGCACCAGCGCAUCCACUCUGGAGAGAAACCCUAUAAAUGCUCCAAAUGUCCAAGAGCCUUCGGUCGGCCUGAAACGUUAAAACGUCACCAAAAAACACAUUGCAAAACCACUUCCUGGUGAUUCCAUAAUCAGGUCUAUGUUAUCACAUCCUAUGUGAAGGAUGAUUUUUCACUGUUGUUAUCAGAUGACAUAUGACACAUAGAGCACAUGCAAGGGCCUGACACACAGAGGAGGGGCCCUAGAUAGGAUUCACCAGAAUGUCUGAGGAAAUAUUUAUUCUCCACAUUGACUUGUGUUUUCUGUUUCAUUAUGUCUGUUGUUUUCUUAUGGGGUUAUUUUGGUUUGUGGUGUUCUUUCAAAAAUCAAACAUCUUAUAACAAACAACUGAGGCUUCUGAUUGACAUGCCGUUACCCACUGUCUUGCUGUAAAGUAAAAUUGUCAAAGUAGGGUGUCCAAAUUAAAUACG